AUGAUAAGUAUAGUUCUCAUACUUUGCUUUUUUUUUACGUUGUCAAAUGGUAAUAUAGGUGUUGCACAAUUUGUGUUUUCAUUACCAAUUGAUGUGUGUUUUGGAAUUGCUUCUAAUAAUGAUGGAUAUAUGAUUGUUACAGGAAAUGCUAAAUCUUCUAUUAUUUCAGUAAAUAAAACAUCAUUUGAAACGGUUCGUACAGAUGGUCCAUUCAGAAGUUUAACAGGUGGAUAUACAACAGUUUAUUCAUCUUAUCUAAAACAAUUUAUUGUGUAUGGUCGUGAAAGAUCUAGGUUUGGAAGAUUUUCAGUAACAUUAGUAGGUGAUUUAAUUGAUUAUGAACCGUCAUUUUCUGGGUCAUCAACAGUGUUUGUAGAUAAUCAAAUGUUAACCCUUGGAUUUGUACCAAAAAUUGGAGCUGGAUUUAUUAAGAUAUGUCAAAUUGAUCACAUCCCUCGUUUAGACGCACCAAUUGUUGAUAAUGCUUACAUUAAAGACAAUGUUCAAUUUGAUGAAGCAGGCCAUGAUAAUAAUGAAUUAACACAUCUUGGUAAAGGAGCUGCAACAAUAUGUGUAAAGAAUCCAACAACAAAUGAAUGUACAUUUGUGUUGUUUGCAAUUGGAGAUCAUAUUAAUCCUAAAGAGGGAUAUAAUACAACAUUUUUGAAAAUCUUCACUUUAGAUAAAAAUUUAGAGAAUAAAAGUCCUUAUUAUGAUGAUGCAUGGGGAACAAAAUAUCCAAGUUAUAGUAAUAAUAAAGGAAUUUUUAAUCUUGGCAAUAUGGCUUCUAGUGAAUAUAUAAAAUUUUGGUAUAAUGAAGAUAUAAAAUGGUUAUUUGUUAUGAGUCAAAACACAGACAUUGGAAAUAAAGAAAGUAAAAGCGAUACACCAUGUGUAUUAGUAAUUAAACCAAGUUAUGAUACUAAUACAAAUAAGAUUCAUAUAGAUUUUGAUUUUAUAAAUACCCCAACAUUUAAUUAUAUUCAUAUUGAUGACACUCAUUCAUUUGGACAAGUAAUUGAUACUUCAUAUGAUUCAGAUAAAAAAAUAUUAUAUUUAGUAAUUUCUGCUCCUGAAGCUGUUGUAGAACAUUCAAAUAUUGCAUAUUCUAUGGGUCUUAUUUAUCAUUAUACAUAUGAUGAAGAACAAGGUUUUCAAUUUAAAAUGUAUUUUGUACCUCCAGUAUUAGAAGAUCAUUAUGGAUUUGGUCGUGCUGUUGCUAUUUAUAAAGAUGAAAAAAUAAGAAGAGUUUUUAUAGUUAAUGCAGUUGAUAAUCAUGUUUAUGAAUCUACAAUUCCUGUAUGUGGAGAUGGUAUUGUUACAACAGAAGUUGGUGAAGAAUGUGAAGAAGGAGAUGGAUGUAAAACAGAAAAAUGUUUAUGUAUUGAUAAUUAUGUUUCAACAAAUGGUAAAUGUGAAUUAAAAUGUGAAAGAAAUACAUGUAACUGUGAUUUAACUAAUCCAUGCAUAUCAUGUAAUGUAGAACAUUUAAAUAUAAGUACAAGAUGUCAAGAAUGUGAUAAUGGAUAUGAAUUAUUAAAUGGAAUUUGUAAAACAGUAUGUGGAAAUAAAAUAAGAAGUUCAGAUGAACAAUGUGAUCAAGUAGAUAAUUGUGAUGAAAAUUGUACAUGUUAUGUUGGAUAUAUUCCAGCAGAUAACUUAGAAAAUAGAUGUAUUAUUUCAAAGAAAAGUGGAUUAAUUGCAUGGAUGGCAGUUCAAUCAGGUAUUGCAAUAAUAGUAAUUGUUGGAGUAUUGGCAUUUAUUUUAAUAAAAUUAUACAUCAAAGCAAGGUCAAGAUUAAAUAUUACUGGAAGUGGUGGAGUUGUUAUUUAUGAAUCAGGAUCAACAGCUAAACUUCAACAAUUUGAAGAAAAUGAAGCAGAGAGAUAUCCAUUAUAUUAUAUUAAUAAUUCUCCAUUUAUGUAUUCAUUCUCUAAUGAAAUUAAUUUCUAUCUUGAAGAAGAUUUAGAGCAUAUUGUUGAUAAAUUAGAAUUGAAAAAAAAAUAUGUUUUUCAAUUAUUUGUUGGUAAUAAAUCAUUAAAUAUUUGUAGUUUUGCUAUUGGUGACCCUCGUUUAGAUAAAGAUGAUUAUGAUUUAGAAUUUACUCCUGAUAAAGGUAAUAUUAGAGCUGGUGAUAUUAUUUGUAUCUACGGUAAACUUACUCCUUUGAGAGAAUGUGCUGUUAAAGAAAAUUUCACUUUAACUGUAGUUAAUUUAAAUACCACAAAGUCGUAUAUUCAAAAUAUCCCUCUCGCAUUUAGUGUUGAAGACUAA